AUGGUUCAUCAAGCUCUUAUGGAACAUAGAAUUCCGAGUAGCCUCCAGCACUUUCACACUAUUGUAGGCACGAAAACAGACAGAUACCCAGAAUUGUCAAUAUCAAAACCAGCACAGUUCAUUAUACAACCUCACUUUCUCUCACUUUGCUCCUCAUCAUGCAACCGAGUUGACACCACUGUCACCAGCGUCGUACGUCACUUCCGUCGGAUCCGGGCUCUCAGCUGUGUACGCCCCUCAAAUGACGGCCACAUUAGCGGCGACUUUUUACGAGAGUUUAGGGCUGCUGCGAGUGGCUUCGGACCGUUUGAAACGUUGGCCACCUUCUGCCCAGUGGUGGCGGCUUUGCGGCGCAUGUCUAAGAAAGUCAAUCCACAGGUCGUCGUCUGGUCUUUUGGAAUAAAGGUCUCGUGGCUUCAUGUUUACUUAUCAGGGGCUCGGCAUUUCUCAACGCUUGCCGAGUUGAGAAAACGAGAAAACGGAAUCAAAACAAACGGCAAUCCCUUCAUGGUCCUUUUGACUCGCCAAAACUUUCAUUACACGUACAACCGACAGCUUGCUUGGGCAUUCCGGCAACCUUACGAGCGCUAUCAUUUUUUCUGGAGGAAACCCGUGCGUACCCCGAGGUCUAGCUCAGAUCCCGCUUGGACUGCGCCUGUGUGA